AAAGUAACAUAUUUCCAAUGUAAAAUCAAAAGCGGACGCUAACAAAACCGCCGACGACCAACACAGAAACAAACACGUGUUGAUUGUCAACCACUCUAGCAUUCCGGAGCAUGUCACUGAGAAUGGCGGGUACGUUAGCGUUGUUCGUAACGGGAGCGACGACGAGAGCACUGGGUCGAUCCGGGGGCACCUCGAAGCGACCUUUCUCGUUGCGACUACCUUUGCAGACGGGUACCCAGCCGACCUUGGCGCUUUCCUUAUCGUCGUCCGCGUCCGCAAACAAACCGACUCUCUCUUUGACGGAACAAAUGCGCAAAGAAUCCGAAGCGGAACUCGCUAAACUGGCCCAUCACUACGAAGAUCGAGCCCGAAACGACCCAGCCUUUGCAGACCUGGCACCAAUCAUUUGGAAGACACUCGACGAAGCAACAGCUUUUGUGAACGAUCACAUUGAGACCAUUAUGUUUGAUUGUGACGGUGUGGUUUACCGAACACCGGAUGAGUGUCCCGGUGCCAAAGAAUGCAUACAACGUUUACUCGACAAGGGGAAGCGGGUGUUUUUUGUCACCAACAACGCCGCAUCCAAUCGAUCGCAGCUGCGCGCCAAGCUCUCCGAAAUUCUGGCGAUUGAGAAUUUGACCGACGAUAUGAUGGUUCCGAGUUCCUAUUCUUGUGCUCGGUUUCUGCAACGAGAAAUUUUAGAUCGAAAAGGGCGUGGCCGUUUGUUCGUCAUUGGCAGUCGAGGCCUUUGUGACGAAUUGGAGCAAACGGGUUUUGAGGUACUGACUGGGAAUGGACCACUGGACAGCGACGCAUCCAUGACCAGAGAAGAUCUAGCUACAUACCCGUUCUCCGAGCAUCCAGUAGACGCGGUCGUGGUUGCCAAUGUGCUUUUACAAAUGAAUCCCGACGCACCACUAGUUGCCACCAACAAGGAUGCAUUCGACUUGGUCGGUGUAGACGGACGACACAUCCCAGGCAACGGAUGUGCCGUAGUCGCGCUCGAACACUCUUCCAAACGAACGGCCAUCAACGUUGGUAAACCGAGUGCCACUCUGGCCGAUCUAAUUGCUGCCGACCACGGCAUUAAUCCAUCCAGGACCAUGUUCGUUGGCGACCGACUGGAUACAGACAUUCAAUUUGGUGUGGAGAAUGGAAUGCAUUCUGUCUUAGUCAUGACUGGUGUUACUACUGCCGACUCGAUGGUCCAACUUGGGAACGGAACGAACGAUGAGCCACUGCCGAACAUUGUCAUACCACAUAUUGGUCUUUUAUACUAA